CAAUUUCUUGCAUUUGACAAAAGCAAUAAAUCUGUGAACUCAAAGCAAUUCCAUUUGCUACCGUCUUUUUCAGCACAAUAUCCGAUUUUUAUUUGGGGCUUUUCUCUUGAGUUAUCUUCUUUGCUUAGCAAGGUUGACGUCAACCAAUAGUAGUACACCAACAUUAUAUUUGUUGAUAAAGAUAGGUGCAAGCUUGGUGGUUAUGACUGCACUCAUCGAAGGUCUUCCUGAUGCUGUUGCCAUUAGGUGCCUUGCACGGGUUCCAUUCUACCUUCAUCCAAAGUUAGAGCUUGUUUCCCAUUCCUGGAGAGCUGCUAUUCAAAGUGCUGAACUAUUUAAAGCUAGACAGGAGGUCAACUCAUCUGAAGAAUUUUUAUGUGUAUCUGCAUUUGAACCUGAAAACUUAUGGGAGCUCUAUGAUCCUACACAUGACCUUUGGAUUACUCUCCCGAUUCUCCCCUCCAACAUCAGUCAUUUUGCUCGCUUCAGUGUUGUUUCUACUGCUGGGAAGCUGUAUGUUUUAGGUGGUGGCAGUGAUGCUGUGGAUCCAUUGACAGGUGACCAAGAUGGAAUUUUUGCAACUGACAAGGUCUGGUCAUAUGAUCCUGCAACCCGAGCAUGGAAUCCGCGUGCAUCUAUGCUUGUACCUCGUGCCAUGUUUGCUUGUUGUGUGUUGGAUGGGAAGAUAGUCGCUGCAGGGGGUUUUACUAACCGCAGAAAAUCAAUAUGCAAUGCGGAAAUCUAUGAUCCUGAGACGGAUAUCUGGGUACAAUUACCUGAUCUCCAUCAUGCGCACAAUUCUGCUUGCUCGGGAGUAGUUUUUGGUGGUAAAGUUCAUGUCUUGCAUAAAGGUUUGUCAACUAUUCAGGUUUUAGAAAAUUUCAAGCAGGGUUGGAUUGCUCAUGAGUAUUCUUGGCUCCAGGGCCCGAUGACUGUCGUUAGGGAAAGUCUUUAUGUUAUGAGCAAUUGGUUCAUUUAUAAGCAGGAAGGAGAAUCAAGAAGAAUGAUAGUUUCAGCAUCUGAUUUUCGUAGGAGAAUCGGGUAUGCUAUGAUAGGGUUGGGAGAUGAUAUUUAUAUAGUUGGAGGGGUUAAUGGACCUGAUUACUGGAAUUGUAGCGUCAAAGUGCUGUCUGAUGUUGAUGUCUUGACCCUUGGAAGUGAGAGGCCAGCGUGGCGUAAGGUUGCUCCAUUGACAAGGUGCAAAGGGACAAUCCUUGGCUGCACACAGCUGAGAAUUUAGGACAAGCAUAAAUGGGGAUGAAAUUUAUUUCAGUGUUAUCGAAUAAAUGCUACAACGAACAUUUGGCACUAAAGGGGCUGCUAGGGAUAGCGUGAAGUAGACAAGUGAAUAGGAAAAAAGCAAAUUGAGAUUACUAAUGGUGGAUGAAGUUUGAGGGUAAACAUGUUCCAUGCCUUGCCCUUGUCUCCUUUGUCGUAGACUGAAAAUGAUGGAAAUCCUAUCUGACAUGACUUCUAUGAGUUGUCUUAGCAGUGAUCGACUUUAUUUUAUUAGUUGUCUAAAAGCUACAGUAAAUGAAAUCCCGCGCCAGAAAACAUGGAAGCAACAAGAUGUUCAGCU